AGGCAUGCAGACGAUGCUGGGACAGUGCUGCUGCUGCCCUCUGCGUCCCCUCCUGCUGCCAUCCAGCCAAGGGGGUGGCGAGGAGAUGCCCUGUGUCACAGGGGAGUGUUCAACUCUGCUGCCAGUGAGUGCAGCCCCCAUCCCAGCUGGGUUCCUGCCCCCCUGACAAGGGUCUAUGAGCCGCUGGGCUGGGACUGAGUGGGCAGCUGUGGUGACACCCUGUCCUUCCCCUGGAGGCUUUCCUCCUGCUGCUGCCCCACCCUCUGGCCCCCAGGCAGCUCCCCAGGCCACAGCAAGCAGGAUCACCCUCGGUAGAGGGCUGCAGGCUCAGCCCUGGCUGGGGGUUUGUUUGUGGCUCUGGCAGAGGCUGCCCCACCGUGCCAGGCUGCCCAGUGGCCCUGCUGGCUUGUUGCUGCGUCCUCCCUGGACAGGGGGGCAAAAUGCAGAAGAAUUCAGUUGUGUCUGUGCAGCUCCAGGCAUGCCCCCUAGCCCUGGCACUGUCUGCUCCCCCUUGCCCCUGGCCCCAGCCCACGGAGGACAGUGCUGGGACCAGUUUCAAGGUUACUGCUCGUGUUUCUUUGUCAACAGUGAAAGAAAGCAAAGCGUGGUGCCCGGUGCUGGGCAGCUCUGGGGUGUUGUUCCUCGCUCUGCAGCUUGGCCAUGGUGUGAGGGGCUGCAGAUGAUGGGUGGCCCCCUGGGGCCAGCAUACGGGGACCAGGAUACCAAAAGGCCCACCUGCCCGCCCUGGCCCCACUGCUGGGCCAUUGUGGGUCAUUUUUGUCCCUGGGCUGUUGCCACCACACCAGAGCUUACCGCUGUGCGGGGUGGUUGGGAGACAGUGGCACACAGAGGGUGCGAGCCCCCACCCACGAGGUGACCCCCGGACCCUGCCGGGCGACCCGCCAGUCCCCCAAGGAUGAGGAUGCUGGUCCGACUCUUCCUCACGCUGGUGUGCGUGGCGGCGGUCACUGUGCUGUACGUCCUGUUGUGCUCCCACGCCUGCCUGCGACCCUGCUGCUGGGCCCCGGCGGCACGGAGCAGCCCCGUGGCACCCACUGUCCUCAGCUUCCAGGGGUACAGGCGCGUCCCCGAUGGGAAGCCACUGGAGCGAGCGCUGUGCCGCCGCUGCGCUGUUGUCUCCAGCUCGGGGCAGAUGCUGGGCUCACGCCUGGGACAGGCCAUCGAUGGGCAGGAGUGUGUCCUGCGCAUGAACCAUGCCCCCACCGCUGGCUACGAGGAGGACGUGGGGGCACGGAGCACCGUCCGGGUGGUGUCGCACACCAGUGUCCCACUGCUGCUGAGGAACCAGCCCUACUUCUUCCAGCAGUCCCAGGAAACCCUCUACAUCAUCUGGGGGCCAGCGAAGAAGAUGAACCGGGAGAAGGUGGGCUCGACCUACCAGGCGCUGCUGAAGGUGAUGGAGAUGUACCCCAGCCUGCAGAUCUAUACCCUGACCGAGGAGAAGAUGACAUAUUGCGACGAAGUCUUCCAGAACGAGACAGGGAAGAACAGGAUGAAGUCCGGCUCCUUCCUGAGCACAGGCUGGUUCACCAUGAUCCUGGCCAUGGAGCUGUGUGAGCAGAUCUGCGUCUUUGGCAUGGUCAGCGACAGCUACUGCAAGGAGAAGAACCACUCGAGCGUGCCCUACCACUACUUCGAGAAGGGCAGGCUGGACGAGUGCAGGAUGUAUCUGGUGCAUGAGAGAGCCCGGCGCGCUGGGCACCGCUUCAUCACCGAGAAAACCAUCUUCUCCCGCUGGGCCAAGAGGAGGAACAUCAUCUUCACCCACCCAUCCUGGGCAGAUGGGUAGGGCACCAACCACGGGGUGAGGCAGCAGAGACUCUGGCAGCAGCGCGGCUCUUGUCCUGCAGCGAUGUGCUGAUGUGUCUCGGCUCUGCUGGUUCCGCCGUUGAAAGCCUUUUGCCAAGCCCUGGAGGGGGGACUCUCUAUCUUCACAGCAGCAGGGCCAGUUCCCCCAGCCGGUGGGUGCUGGGACUCCCCCACAUCAGUGCACAGCUUGCACAAGGACCCACGGAACCCCAUUGGCUCCAAGCACCUGCCCAGAUGGACCCAGGAUAACCAUGAAGGUCUUCUGCCUGCUCUACUGGGAUGAAUAUUUAAUGCAGGAUUAAACAUUGAUGCUGCUGGGUUCCAGCGCAACACAGGGCUGGAGAGUCGGCCCUGCCAGGGCCAGGAGCUGGUGUCCCUCCCAAGGAUGAAGCUCCACUGCAGUCCUUGUCCCAGUUGUGCCCCGAGACCCAGCGCUGGGCAUGUGGUGCAGGGAGAUGGGUCUGGGUCCCCCAUCCUGCUGCCUUCUGCUGCUCUAUGCCUGGGCAGGUCCCUUCGGGCCCCUGUAUCCCCCCAGCUGGGAAGGCCUGGGGCCACGUGCACCCUGGGGGCUCUGAGUUGCCUUGUCACAAGUGCCCUUGGAUUCAGACCAAAGCAAACAUGGCCAUUAAAAGCGUUUUUAACUGG